AGAGUGUGUGAGAAAUUCGGGAUCGAAAGGUGGUCGUCGAAAAGUUAUUUUAGUAAAUUUUGUGGAAAUUUUCAAGCUUCAGUGUUCAAAGUUGUGUUAACCUGUCACUAAUGAUCAAUUUCAUCAUAAAUCAAUGGAGUACAUUUUGUAGCUUGCAUAAAAUACUCUCAAAUCUCAAAGAUUUGGUCGCGGCGUAAAAUUGCAAAAAUAUAAAAGAAGGAAAAAUUGAGUGCCCGAAGGAAAAGAAGAAGAAAAAAAAUUAAAAUUUUAUAAAUAAUUCAAUAUGACUCAAAAGCAAAAUUUUAUCAUAUAGAACAUGGAGUGAAGGGAUUUCGUAUUGUUCAUUUUCACAGUGAGAUAAUAUAAUUACCCUGUUAGUGGAAUUAUUGAGCAUAAAAAAUAAAAUAAAAAGCGUUGAGAAAAAAAUUUCACAAGGGAAUAAAUAAAUCAAAUUAAAGAUGCCUGCAUUAAUUGGCGUCGCUGAAUUCGUUGAUGAAACGACAGCUGACUAUAAGAGUCCAAUCACCAGCACAUUUGUGUCUCGUAUGAACAACAUGAGACAAACCAUAUCGACUUUAGAAGAGACAUUGGAGUUUGACCGCGAGGGACUGACAAAGCUGAAAAAGGCUGCAAAAGCAAUUCACAAUUCAGGAAAUAUUCACGUUGACAAUGAGAUGUGUUUGGUGCGUGCAUUAGAGCGAUUAGGAAAUAAUGCUUUAUCCAAAGACGAGCCGGACAUUGGUGCGGCAUUUUUAAAGUUUUCUGUCGUCACAAAAGAGUUGUCAGCUUUAAUGAAAACAUUGAUGCAAAAUAUCAGCAACAUCAUCAUGUUCCCUGUCGAUUCUUUCCUUAAAUCUGAAUUGCGUGGUCAGAGAGGCGAAAUGAAGCGACCCUUCGACAAAGCCGCAAAAGAUUACGACAGUAAAUUUCUGAAAAUUGAAAAGGAAAAGAAAGCGCAAGCCAAAGAAGUGGGAAUGAUUCGUACAGAAGUUUCAGCUGCUGAAAUUGCCGAAGAGAUGGAAAAGGAGCGUCGCGUUUUUCAACUUCAAAUGUGCGAAUAUCUCAUCAAAUUUAAUGAAAUUAAAACCAAAAAAGGCAUCGAAUUGCUGCAACAUUUAGUAGAAUAUUAUCAUGCUCAAAAUAACUAUUUUAAAGACGGUCUCAAAACAAUUGCUCAUUUCGGAACGUACAUUGAAGAUUUAAGUAUGAAGCUUCAAGCGAUACGUCAGAAGCAAGACGAAGAAAAGAAAAAGCUUAUUGAGUUGAAAACAUUGUUGAGAAGUACGCCAGAUUUUGAUCGUGUUGAGAAUGUUGUGACAGAAAAAGGAACAGCUUACAGCCUUCAUCAACUUCAAGGCGACAAGAAUCACGGUGUGACACGUUCUGGACAUUUAUACAAGAAGAGUGAAGGAAAAGUUCGUCGCGUUUGGCAAAAGCGUCGUUGUCGUGUAACUGAAGACGGCUUUCUUGAUAUUUGCCAUGCAGAUGAGACGAAACCACCGACACGUGUCAAUUUAUUGACAUGUCAAAUAAAGCCAGUUCCCGAUGAGAAACGAAGUUUCGAUCUUAUCAGUUAUAAUCGACCGUAUCACUUCCAAGCUGAAGACGAGGCCGAUCAAAAGGCUUGGAUGUCUGUGUUGAUCAAUUGCAAGGAGAAGGCGCUUGCAAAGUCGUUCCAACAUGAGCCAGGACAUCAACAAAUGAGUCCGGGAUUGAUGGAACUGCAGAAGACAAUCAUCAAACACAUUCAAAACCUUCCUGGCAAUGAUCAAUGUUGUGAUUGUGGAUCACGAAACGACGUGACAUGGAUAAGCAUCAACUUUGGAAUUGUCGUUUGUAUUCAAUGUUCUGGCGUUCAUCGUGAUCUUGGCGUGCAUCAUUCAAGAAUUCAAUCGUUAACUUUGGAUAAUUUGAAGACUGCGCAUCUUCUUAUUGCACGUGCCAUGGGCAACAAUCAAUUGAAUGAGAUUUUAGAAGCAACAAUGGGGAAAUCAAUGAAAAUUCAUCCCGAAUCGAGCAUGGAAGAGAGAUAUGACUUCAUUCGUGCCAAAUAUGUUGCCAAACGCUACAUCAUGCGAACUUGUGCUGAUGAGACAGAUUUGCGUGUUGAUUUGGAGCAGGCGGUCAUCAAUGCCGAUCUCAGUCAAUUGCUUCAAGUCUGGGCUGAAGGUGCUGACUUUACAGCUCCUUUACCAUCAUCAGAAUGUGGGGAAACGUCGCUUCAUCUUGCUGUGUUGCGUGAAAUGGGCUCAUCACUUCAUAUUGUUGAUUUUCUCAUUCAAAAUAUGCCACCGCAAGGAUUAAACAAACAAACAACUUUGGAUCCACUAACGAAUACAUUUAGUGAUGGAGGGAAAAACACGCCACUUCAUUUCUGUGCCAUGUAUGAUCGUCGUGAGUGCAUGAAACUCUUACUUCGGUCUGGUGCCGAUUACGAUCUUAAGAAUUCAAAUAACAAAACGUCAUUGGAUUUGGCCAUUGAAAAGGGAAAUGAUGUUUGUAAAGAGAUGCUCGAACAAGCAAUGAGAAGAGAAAAAGGUGCUUUUGACCAUAUCAACACUGAUUGGAAUCUUCCACCGCCGCAUGAUGAUGGAUCAACUGACUUCUCUGAUGACGACACAGGAAUGGAUGAACGCAAACGCACAUCAAGACCGCCAAGCUUCAUUGGCGACUCUCCAAUCACAUUAAGAUCACGAUCAUCAACGUGUGACUCGAUAAAGAGUGGCACAAGUCCAACAAUAUCAGUUAAUUCAACAAGUUCAAUCAAUCGACAGAUUUCGAUAGGAUUUGGACUUGGUUCGAGUCCAAAGCAACAAAUGAGUUUUCCACAAUAUGGAAGUGCUGGAAUAACUGGAGGUGCAUCAAGUCCAAGUUCACUGACAAGUCGUUCAUCGCAUUCAAUUGCAAGUAAUCAAAGUCGAAAGUCGACAGCCAUGAAUUUAGCAAAUGCGGCUGCGUCAGCAUCGGCAAAGAAAAGGAAUGCACCAAAUGCACCUGCAAACAGCUCAUCACAACCGCAGCCAAUUUAUGGAACACUUCCACAUAGUGUCGGCCGUUAUCAACAGAGUUAUGAUCUCUCAGACAUUUACAACACCAGCAACAACAUCAGCACUUUACCUCAUCCACCGAGAAAUUCUAUCACGCAAACUACAAAUAACAACAAUAAUAACCAACAACAGCCACAGCAACACUUUGAUAACAAAGUUUAUGAACGUUUCGAGCCAUACAUGAUGCAAACGAAUAAAGCUAGUCAUAAAAGAUCACCAAGCAGUGAUUCAAUAACUCGAAGCAUUAAUUUGGCUGGAGCGAAACUUGUGUUACCACCGGCUGGUGAGAUUCCACAAUUGAAGCCUGUCAAUCCUAAUCGACCUCGAAUGCCACCACCAUCAGCACCAUCAAAUGAAAAAUCAGUCGCUAAUGGACAAUCGAGUGAAAGUUUGAACUCGUUGAAUGAUGGUCAAAGUGCUUCGCGGGUUCAAGCAACAGCUCCAAUAAGAAAGUCAUUUAAUGAUUCAAUCACGAAUUCAUCAAGCUACGGUGACUACGGGAAAUAUGGAGACCUUGACUCUUCUUUGGAUAUUUCAAAUAAUGUAAAUUCCAUCAGCAGUUUCUUGUCUGAAGAUCGCUCACCAGGCAGCAGCCCUGGCGUGACUAUCCAACCAAUUAAUUACGCUGGCUUGAAAAGAUGUCGUGCACUUUACGAUUGCAAUGCUGACAAUGACGAUGAAUUGGAGUUCAAGGAAGGUGAAAUUUUAGUUGUGCUUAAUGAGCGAACAGAUGACGAGAAUUGGAUGGAAGGUGUCAUUGAGAAUGAUCCAUCACGACGUGGAAUGUUUCCUUCAUCAAUUCCAACCUUAUACAUCAUUACUCCGACUUAUAAACGUCCAACACAAUUACCUGAUAUGACAAGAGUAGGAUAUAUAUUUAAGCAUGUCGAAAAUAUCUUUUGGAUAGUGGCAGAAGAUGCGUCUGUACCAACACCGACGAUCGAGAUGUUGCUUGAGAAAUUGAAAAUUCCACAUGUUUAUUUAUUAACACCAAUGCCUGAAGAAUACGACCCCGAGAAAACAGGAUUACUCAAACCAAAAGGCGUUUCAAAUCGUCUUCGAGCUCUUGAAUGGAUAAAAGCAAAUGCAACAGACGGCGUGUUUUAUUUUGCUGACGAUGACAACACUUAUGAUCCUGAACUCUUCGAAGAAAUGCGUUACACGAAUACAGUUUCGAUCUGCCCUGUUGGACUCUGCACAGAAAAAUUGUUAACAACGCCAAUUAUUCGAGAUGGAAAAGUCGUUGAUUUCUAUCCCGGAUUUGCAGGAAUUAAGUGGCCUAUUGAUAUGGCAAAUUUUGCUGUAAAUGUGAAAUUUUUCUUAUCUCGACCAAACGCAACAAUGCCUUAUAUAGGUGGAGGUGAAGAAAAUGGUUUCCUUGAAAGUUUAUCACCAUUUGAGCCACACGAAUUAGAAUUGAUCGCAUCAGAAUGUACAAAAGUUCUUGUGUGGCACACUCGAACAGUUUCUAAUAAACCUCCACCAGAAGCAAAUAUAGACAAAUACAUCGACACAAACCUCCCAUCUUUAAUUAAAACAACUCCCUUCGACAGCACCGGUCUGCCUCACAUUCUCGAACACAACGUGCUUUGUGGCUCCAAGAAAUUUCCAGUCCAAGGCUGGAGAUUGGAACACAAAGAGUUGGAGAAUAAAAACUCUGAAUAUAUUUUCAAAGGUGUCGUCUACAAUGAAAUGAAAGGAGCGUUUUCAGAGAAUUCCGCAAUAUUUGGUCAAAAUAUGUUCAACAAACUUUUACCUGAACACACUUAUGGUUUUGUUUCGGGUGGCGAUCCUGUUGAUAUUCCCAGUUUGACUCAUGAAGAUUUGGUGAACUUCCAUCAAAAGUAUUAUCAUCCAUCGAAUUCUCGCGUGUUUUCAUACGGAAACUUUGAGUUGGAGAAGAAUCUUGAUUAUGUCAAUGAUUAUUUGAGUGAUUUUCAUCGAAUUGACAGUCAAUUUAGUGAAGUUCCGAAUCAAAAUCGAUGGAGAGAAGCGAAGAAACUUCACAUCACAUCAAGAUAUGACAACAUGGGAGCGCCAUUGGAGAAGCAGAAUCAAAUUGGGAUUGGAUUUUUGAUGAGUGAUAUUCGUGAUAUUUAUGAGACUUUUCUAAUGCAUUUCAUCACUGAGUUGUUGGUGAAAGGUCCGAACAGUUAUUUCUAUAAAAGUCUUAUCGAGCCGAACAUUUCUGGUGGCUACAGUCAAAUGACUGGCUACGAUGCAACAAUCAAAGACACAAUGUUUGUUCUUGGACUUCAAGAUGUCGAUCGAAAUGAUUUCGAGAAAAUUCAACAAAUAUUUGAUGCGACAAUUGAUCAAGUUAUUGAGCAAGGAUUUGAUGAAAGACACAUCAAUAGUGUCAUUCACAAUUUGGAGUUGCAAAUGAAACAUCAAACGACGAAGUUCGGUCUCGGACUUUUAUUCAGUUUAACGCCUUUGAUGAACCACAAUGGCGAUGUCAUUCAAGCUGUCAAUUUAACACAACAAAAUGAAAUGCUCAAAUCAAACAUCAAAUCAAAUCCUAAAUAUUUGCAAGAGAAAGUUCAACAAUAUUUCAAAGAUAAUCGUCACAAACUUGUUCUAACGAUGUCACCUGAUGACAACUACGAGCGAAAAUUCGUUGAACGUGAGACAGGAAAUCUUCAAAACAAAAUUAAGAAUCUUGACGAAGAUGGUAAAAGUCGUGUGUUUGAUGAUGGAAAAGCACUUGCAUCUGUACAGAAGGCACGAGAAGAUAUCAAUUGCCUUCCAUGUCUUCAAUUAAGUGAUGUGAAAAUACCCGCAAAACACGAACUUUUAUUCGAAAGAAUUCAAAAUGUUCCAAUUCAAAUUUGUGAGACAAACACAAACGGUGUCGUUUACUUUCGUGGACUUUUAGAUGCUUCGACAUUCAGUGAUGAUAAUAAGAAGUUGUUACCACUUUUUGCACAAGUUGUUGAUCAAUUUGGAACGAAAAAUCACAAUUAUCGUGACUUUGAUAAUUUAGUGUCGUCGAAGACUUCUGGAUUGAGAUUUAAUGUUCAUGUAGCUGAAAACAUCAACGACAACAGUUUAUAUGAAGUUGGACUUCAAUUUGGAUCUUACUCUUUGAGACAAAAUUCAUUGGAAAUGUUUGAAAUUAUUUCCGAUUUGCUGACAACUGUCGAGUUUAAUGACAUUAAACGCUUUGAAAUGUUGCUUGAAAAUUAUUUGUCAGCAUUAUCUGUCGGAAUUGCCGACUCUGGUCAUGUUUAUGCGAUGCAAAAUGCAAAUGGACUUGUAACCGAAUCGGGACGUUUAAAGGAAUCAAUGAUGGGAAUCGAGCACUUAAAUUACAUGAAGCAACUGAUGAAGACAAGGACAAGUGUUGAGAUUCUUGAAGAGAUUAAGGAAAUUGGUAGAAAGUUGUUGAGUCGUUCACCUGUUCGUUGUGCUCUUAAUGUAACGACAUCUGACCUCGUUGAUCAGACAAAGAAUGUCAAAAGAUUUUUACAACAACUUCCGCUUGACAAAACUGACAUUCAAUGGAAUAAAUCAAAAAUUCUUCAGUCACAUUGUCGUCAUAAUUUAAUGAAUAUCCCAAUUAAUUAUUGCGCAAAGUCGAUCUUUACAGUUCCCUACAUACAUAAAGAUUUCACUUCAUUGAGAGUGCUUGGACGGAUUUUAUCAUCGAAAUAUCUUUUACCGGUUGUGAGAGAACAAAAUGGAGCUUACGGUGCUGGUGCAAAGGUUUCCAUUGAUGGACUGUUUAACUUUUUCUCUUAUCGUGAUCCAAACACACGUAGAACUCUUGACACAUUUGAUAAUUCUAAUAAAUGGGUUCAUGAAAGCAUUGACAAAAUAAUCGAUGAACAAGCACUUUUCGAAGCAAAGCUUGGCAUCCUUCAACAGCUUGAUGCACCAAUAUCGCCCAUGGAUAUUGGACUAGAGAGUUUCAAACAUGGCAUAAGUCACGAUAUCUUCACUAAACAAAGAGAGAGUAUUUUAUCAACCAGCUUAAAAGAUAUCAAAAAUGUUUCGGAAAAAUACUUAAACGAUGCCAAUGGAAUCGUGUCAGGAAAGUCAGUCAUUGGACAAGCAAAUGAUGAACUUAAACAAACAAAAAAUGAAAAAUGGAUUUUUUCCAGUUGUAAUUGUAUAAUUAAGCCAUUGAAGAAGAUAAAAAUGUCAGAAAACGAAGACAUGAUUAAACAUUUCAUGGAUGUUACUGGAGUUAACAAAGAAAGAGCUUCAUUCUACUUAGAAUCGGCAAACUUUCAAUUGCAGGUCGCGUUAUCAAGCUUUUUUGAAGAAGAUCCUGCAAAUAAUCAAGUUGAGCCAAUUGAAGAUAGUCCUGAUGAAAAUGAGGACGUUCCAGUUUCUCAAGCAAAACCUGUUAAAAAGGAAUCUAAGCCGACAGCGAAGAAUUUCGCAACGUUAUCAUCACUCAAUACAUCAUCAUCAGGAGAUGAAAGUGAUGAAAAAGGACAAGCCUUUUAUGCUGGAGGGUCACAGACUUCAGGGCAACAAAUCUUGGGACCACCAAGGAAGAAUCCUAUUAAAGAUUACGUUUCUGAAGUGUUUCGUCAAGCUCAAAGUGGAAAUAUGGAACAAUUCGAUUCCGAUGAAGGUCCAGGUGCUUCCAGAGAGACUCCACGAGCCUUUGUUGGCACAGGAUAUCGUCUGGGACAAACUGACGAUGAUCAUAUUGCAAUUCCUUCAACAAGUAGCCGUAAAAAGGAAAACGAAUGUGAUACCGUAACUGUGAGAGUUUAUCGACAAGGUUUCACUGUGGAUGAUGGUGACCUUCGUCCAUAUGAGGAGCCUCGUAAUCGAGAAUUUUUUGAAAGCAUAACACAUAACGAAAUUCCAGCGGAAUUACGUAAACAAGGAAGAACGAUGGUUCAUGUUAAUGUCGAAGAUCAUUUGAGUGAAGAUUUUGUUAAGAAAGCUCCAAGAUUCAAAGCUUUCACUGGAUCUGGUCACACAUUAGGAUCACCGACGCCUACAAUGACUGAUGAUGCACAGCCACAAUCUUCUGUUGUUGCUAGUGGAAAUCCAAGUGAAAAUGAAGCCAAAGCAAACGAAAAUUUGAACUUUCAAUCUGAUCAGCCUUCAACGAUGGUUUCAAUAAGAUUAGCUGAUGGUGGACGUCUUUCAGCUCGCUUCAAUCUGACGCACACAAUCCAAAACAUUCGUCAGUUUAUUGGAACAGCUCGACCUGAAUAUCAAGGCCGCAACUUUGCGCUUCUCACGACAUUUCCCAACAAAGAAUUGGUGAAUCAUGAAGACACAAUCGAAAAAGCUGGACUACAAAAUGCUGCAAUCCUUCAACGUUUAAAAUAAGAUUUAAUCUCUGUACUUGGUGAUUUUGAAACUUCUUUUUGAUUCUCAUCUUUCUAAAAUAUUUGUCGAAGAAAUCAAAGACACGAAAAUAAAUAAAUUUAAAAGUUUUGAUUAAAAGAAU